CCGGCAGAACAGUUGCCGUCGAGCUUGGCCAGCGAACGGAACGUACUUACGGUUAGCUACGAAUUUUCCAAGGAGAAUAAUAAUAGUACAACUUUAACAUGGAGUUCCUUAGCGCUCAGUGCGCUGCCCGUUCAGCAGGACCGGCCAAUACCCUUAUGUCCCUGCUCCUGACCACGCUGAUUACCAAAUACUGUGAUCUCAGCGGUCAGCAGCAGUGGCCCGAGGACAAGGGUGAUUGGUUGGACAAAGCUGGUGGCUUCCAGUAUGAUUACGAUUUUAUAGUGAUUGGUUCGGGUAGUUCGGGUGCUGUGGUGGCUGGACGUUUGGCUGAGGAGACAAAAUGGAAGGUGCUGCUUCUGGAGGCUGGUGGUGAUCCACCGAUUGAAACGGAAUUCGUUGCCUGGCACAUGGCUACCCAGUUCUCGGAAUGGGAUUGGCAAUAUCAUUCAGAGCCCAAUGGACGUGCCUGUAUGGCCAUGCAGGGCGAAAGUUGCCACUGGCCGAGGGGCAAAAUGUUGGGCGGCACGAAUGGCAUGAAUGCCAUGAUCUAUGCCAGGGGAACGCGUAAGGACUUUGAUGACUGGGAGGCCAGAGGCAAUCCUGGAUGGGGCUAUGAUGAGGUCUUAAAGCAUUUCCGCAAGGCUGAGGAUUUGCGUUCCGCACGUCCGGACUACAAGCCCGGUGAUCAUGGCGUUGGCGGUCCCAUGGGUAUCAAUAAUUAUGUUUCCGAUAACGAAUUCCGUUCGACCAUUCGUGCUGGCAUGCAGGAAAUGGGCUAUGGCAGUGCUCCGGACUUUACCGAAGGUUCAUUCGUUGGCCAAAUGGAUAUUCUGGGUACUCAGGAUGGUGGUCAUAGGAUUACCACUGCCCGUUCUCAUCUGCACAAGAAUACUCCGAAUCUGCAUAUCCUUCGUCAUGCUCAUGUCAAGAAGAUCAAUCUGGAUAGGAAUAAUCGUGCUGAAAGUGUUACUUUCGUGCAUCGCGGUAAGAAGGAGUACACGGUGAGGGCCAGCAAGGAGGUCAUCCUGUCUGCCGGAGCCAUUGGCUCGCCACAGAUUCUGCUGCUUUCAGGCGUCGGUCCCGCCGAUCACCUGAAGAGCCUGGGAAUCCCCUUGAAACUGGACCUGCCCGUUGGCCAAAACCUCAAGGAUCAUGCCAGUUUGCCUGUGAUCUUCCAGAUUGACAAGUCCACAGCCCGCAAACCCACCGAAGAGGAGCUCGUAGAUGCCAUGUACAAUCUUCUAAUGGGUCGUUAUAGCAAACUUUUGCAUCACGAAGCCACCGCCUUGACUGGUUUCAUCAAUACCACAUCGAUUGAGGGACCCAAUCCGGAUAUACAGACCACCAACUUCUUCAGCUUGAUGCAGAGUCCAGAGCUUAAGGGUUAUGUGGCUGCCACGGGCUUUAAUGAUCGUGUGGCCAAGAGCAUUUUGUCGGCCAAUCAGGAGACCAAUACCUAUAUUACCUAUCUCCUGCAUUUGAAACCCUUCUCGGCCGGCAGUUUGACCCUGCAAUCGGCUAACUUUUUAGAUGCACCCAUCUUGGAUCCUGGCUAUAUGACCGAUGAACGCGAUGUGGACACCUAUAUCAGGGCCUUGAAUAUCUACAAGAAUCUGCCGAAUACCAAAGCUUUUAGUGAACGAGAAGCCACUCUUCACAAGCUCGAUCUGGAGGCCUGCAAUGGUCUGGAAUAUCAAUCGGAUGAGUACUGGCGCUGUUAUAUCCGUCACAUGACCACCACUGUCUAUCACCCAGUUGGAACCACUCGCAUGGGUCCAUCUAGCGAUCCCACUGCUGUGGUGGAUCCACAACUGAAGGUUCAUGGCGCCAAGGGUCUCAGGGUGAUCGAUGCCAGCAUUAUGCCCGAUAUUGUCGGUGCUAAUACCAAUGCCGCUUGCAUUAUGAUUGGCGAGAAGGGCGCUGAUAUGAUCAAGGAGGAGUAUCUGGGCGGAAAACACACCGAGCUCUAAGGCUCAGCGAUAUUUUACGAUAUAAGUUUAACAGUCUUUGUCGACUCUUUUUUUUUUUUGUUAUUAUAAUAAACAUAUGCGCUUUAAAGUUUAAA